UGAAUAGAGACGACACUUUCGACUACAGACUACACUCAUUUGAAUUUGUUAUCAAAAUUUGUUAUUCACCAUUGGUUUAGUUUAACGGGUUUCGUACGGCUCAGACAAUUGGCUCCAAUGGCCAAACCAGCGCAGCAGGACUCCGAGGUACCCCAGCCGCCGGCCCCGUCCAUUCUCGGAUUACCCAACAGCCCGUCCAGAUCAUCGAUUUACAUCUACAAUCCCUACGAGAAACGCACUGUUGAGGUACCGCUAACCAACUUCGAUGCAUUCGUCUCGCUGCUGAAGUGCGUGAUUGGCACAGGCAUUCUGGCCAUGCCGCUGGCCAUGCGCUACGCUGGCAUCGUGUCCGGCGUGCUGCUCUCCGUGCUGCUAAUGGUCCUGCUUACCUACUGCAUUCACUUGCUGAUCACUGGCAUGACCGAGUGCUGUCGACGCAUCCACGUGCCGCAAGUGUCCAUGCCGCAGGCCGUGCAGAUUGCUUACGAGCUGGGGCCGGCCUGUGUGCAUUGCUUUGCCCGUGCGGCCGGCAUUUCGACCACCUGUGUUUUGGUUUUUGGCCAGUUUGGCCUCUGCUGCGUUUACAUUGUGUUUGUCUCAAAGAACUUUAAGGAAAUCGGCGACUUCUACUUCAAGGACUACCACGAGCGCUACUACGUUCUCGGUGUCUGUGUGCUGCAGCUGCCAUUCUUUAUGAUACGUAAACUGAAGUUUUUGGUUCCACUGAACCUCGUCUCGAAUAUUCUGCUCUAUGCCGGAUUCUUGUGCAUCAUGUAUUACUUGUUUCAGGGCCUGCCCAGCUUACAGGAUCGCGAAAUGUUCAAGCCACCCCAGGACUAUAUGAUGUUCUUCGGCAUCGCAGCCUUCUCCCUCACAGCCGUCGGCUCAAUGCUGGUCGUGGAGGCUAACAUGGCGCAUCCAGAGAGUUACUUGGGUUUCUUUGGUGUCCUCAAUCUAGCCGUGUUCUUCAUACUUUGCUCGAAUCUAUUUUUUGGAAUCAUGGGCUAUUGGCGCUAUGGCGAGCAAGUGGAGGCCAGCAUUACGCUCAAUAUUCCACAGAGCGAAGUUCUCUCACAGUUCAUCAAGGUGGCCAUCGCCUGUGGCAUUUUCUUGAGUUACCCAUUGAACGGGUUCGUGUUCAUAACGAUCGUCUUCAGCGAUUACGGCGAUAAUGCAGUCGAGCACAAGUGCCGCACUACGGCGGAGAUCUUAGUGCGCCUCUCGUUCCUCCUCCUAACAGGUAUCGUGGCUGCUGUGGUGCCCAAUCUGGCAGCCUUGACCGAGUUGGAAGGCGCAUUUUCCCUCUGCAACUUAAACCUGCUCUGCCCGGCGCUGAUCGAUAUAUUUGUGAACUAUGAGACGGGCUAUGGUCGUCUACGCUGGAAGCUCAUACGCGAUAUUCUCCUAAUAAUAAUCGGCGUUGUCUUCGGCGUUGUGGGCUGCACUGUGGCCAUACAGCAGCUGGUGGCUGAUCUAUCGGCGAAGCCUUCUGGGCAUGGCAAAAGCUGACGACGCCAACUCCCUGCCGCUGCAUUUAACAGUUAAACCCUUGGCUAUCUAUUUAAGCAGGUUUUACAUUUACAUUAUUUGCAGCUGUUGUUGUUGCUACUGCUGCUGCUGCUGCUGUUAGUUGUCUGCUAAGCUUUGUUGAGUUUUAAUUAAUUGCCCGGGCAAGUGUUUUGUCGGCUGUUCUUCAUCCCAGCUAAGCCAGCGACCAGGAUUUGUGUAUAUUAGACUACAAUUUGCUGCCACUUCAGAUUCUCUACGUUUUCCGUAAGUUGCUUUCUGUAUGUUUGUAAUAGUGGCUAGUUCAAAUGAAAGCAAUAAUAGAUGACGAUAGUCUAGUAGGUAUACUUGUGUGAGUGGACUAGAGUCGUAAGGCAGUUAAACUUAAGUGUAGGGUAUUUCAGAGUCGGGCAUUCGCACCUUACAUAUGAUAUCGAUUGCUGGUGGCAUUAAUUAGGCGCUGCCCCGGCUGCACGUAAGCUGAUCAACUGCGCAAAUCAUUUUAAAUGAAACGAGCUGUAAUCAAAUGCAGUCAGUCAGUCAGUCAGGCAGACAGACGGACAGAAAGACAGCCACAACAAUUGCGCCGAGUCCUUUGCGAUUCUAAAAUUGAAUUCCUUGCCUCAGUGGAGCCCAAACACAGAACUUGCUUGCCAAAGUUCGUUGGUAGCUGUUGUGGCCCCAGCACAAUAAACUAAAAGACAAAUACAAAUACAAACACAAAUGCGCCGAGACGUCCUGCCGUUCCAUUGCCGGCUACCCAGCUACAGCAAAUAUAUACAGCAACUGCAACUGCAACUGCUGACGUCGACGCCGACGCCGACGCCGACGCCGAUGCCGAUGCCGAUGCUGAUGGCGAUGCCGACGCCGACUGUUGACUGUGGCAGUGUAAAUAGCAAAAUACAAUAAAAAAAUAAAAGUAAAAAAAAAUAAUAAAACAAAAAGAAUGCAAGUAGAAAAGGCAUGAUGCGAAAAUAGUAAAGCAGCUCCUCAAGGAACUGCACGACGACGAUUGCGACCACUGCAGCAAACACACAGAACACAAUUUCCAUUCUUCAAAUAGGAAUACAAAACAACAACAAAAUAAACGAACGAAUAAAAAGAAGGAAGAAAUCUUGCAACUGCCUGCGACAGAGCUCGCGUAGGGGUAGGAGGAAAAAAGAGAGUGAGAGAGGGAGAGGGAGCCCAACAAAGGCCGAGGCUGUUGUCCUCGGGCAUGAUUUUUGCAGACAUGUUGCUUAAAACUUAAUUUACAAUCGCUUCGCAGUGGCCCUUCUCAGCCAGCCAGAGGAAAUCAGCUAAACAAGCGCCAACCAAAAUGGGAUCCAGCCUAGGCUGACACUGUACGACUCAGCUGCGACCAGGAUACCAAAAUUUGCUAGCGGCGGCCCGUUACAAAUAAUUUUCGUAUAUAAUUUCGUGGAGCUUUGCCCACAGAAUAAAAAAAAAAAACUGAAAUGGCAA